AUGCACCACCAGGACUUCUCCGGCGAACCUCCCGGGACCGGGAGAAGCAAAGCGGCGUACCACUACCGACGAGGAAGCAGCGGUGCGUCCGCGUCAUCCGGGGCCGGUGGCGGUGGCGGUGGGGUGGACGACGGUCAGGCCCAGGCCGGGUCCUCUUCCCCGGCGCUCCACCACCAGCCCCAGACGGCCGGGGCUCAGGUCAAGAAAAAAAGCGGUUUCCAGAUCACCAGCGUCACCUCGGCGCAGGUCAACGUGAGCGGCAACAACAGCCUGGCCGACGACACCGAGAGCUACGACGACAUGGACGAGUCGCACACCGAGGACCUCUCCUCCUCCGAGAUGCUGGACGUGUCCGCGUCCAGGGCGACGGACACGGGCGUGCCGGAGAGGAGCUCCUCGGACGAGACCCUGAACAGCCUCCACGGCGUCGACACCCCCGGGCUGGUGUCGCCCAACGAGCCCCUUCAGCCUCACGCCAUCUCCCAGGGGGCUCCGCAUCAUCUGGUAAACGGGACCGUGCAUCACCAGCAUCACCCCCAGCAGCUCGGACAGGGUCCACACCGCCACUCGGACGCCUUGGGGGGAGAACCCUCGCCGCCCUGUCUUCCCGUGGCCGCCUCCAGUCCGGCGCUGGUGUCCAAAGCCGGGCCCGGCCAGUCCCAGAGGCCGGAGAAUCCCAAACCGGCGAGCCAAGCGGGUCCACAUGUUCCGGUUAUGGGCGGGACAGCUUCUGAUAUCCACAUCCAAGGCGCCGGGAACGUUUCAGGUUUGCCGGCCGCCCCUGGACCUGUAGCUUUUGACUACGCCGUAACGAGCGGUCAAGGGGCUUCUUCCGGAGGAGGAGCGGGUCCGCCCGCUCCCGCUCCGGCCCACGCCCAGCAGGGCCACACUCAGGCGGCCACCGGCUCCCGUUUCCGGGUGGUCAAGCUGGACACCAACUCGGAGCCGUUUCGCAAGGGGAGGUGGACGUGCACGGAAUACUACGAGAAGGACGUUCCCCACCAGGCCGCGUCCGAGGCGCAGAAGGCCGCGGACCCCGCCGGGGAGGGCGAGGCGGGCGGCGUCGGGAUCGGCUCCGGGGGGGCGGCCGCGAAGCCGCCCCACACGCUGCAGCCCUACCAGCUGCCCGGUCAGGACUUCACCAGCCCACAGGCCAUGCCGAACCCGCCCCAGGGACUCGUACAGACCAAUCCGUUAAGCUACGUGGCGCCUCAGGACGUAGUCGGGGCGGUGCCGAAACCGGUGGCUCCCACAGUCGGAGGGGGUCAGCCUCCCCCGGCCGCGCCCCAGCAGCUGACCUACGCCAUGGACCCACAGCAGGCCGGACCCCAGGGAGGCGCCUACGCCACGCCCGGCGCAGCCCUGGCCCCGGCCGGCGUCCGGCAGCCGGACUUCAUCCAGCCCACCGCCCCCUUCCAGACCCAAGUCCAGCCCCCGCUCCCGGCGGGAGUCUCCGUCCCGCCGCCGGGGUCGGCCCAGCAGCAGCCGGUCAGUCUCGCGCCGCAGCUCCAGCAUCAGGGUCCGGCGGCUCCCCAGGCCCGCCCGGCCCCCGGUCAGCCCCGGCCACAACUCCAGCUGCCGUCGACGAUCCCCGCGAGCUCGCACGGGAGCCCCUAUAUGCCCCUGACCGCGCUGCAGGCCGACCUCCAGCCCCUCCUCACCUCAGGGACCAGCUUCAGCCACUUCCCCGGAGGAGGGGGAGGCUCCAUAAAAAGCUCCCAUCUAGAGGACGCGCAGAGGCUUCUGCUGCAGCACCAGGGCCUGCUGGGCCUGCCCCGGCUUGGGGGCGCCGCGGUCGGGGAGGGCCUGGCGGAGGCCAGCCGGGCCGUCGGGUCCCUGGCCCAGAUGGGGAUGUCGGCCGAGGCCAGCGCCUUCAUGGUCGCCGCCGCCGCGGGCCUCCGGAGCCAGCAUGCCGAGGGAGAGGACGACAGGUGA